CGAUGACAUUGAACGUGCCAUCACAAUCCCGAUUCUCCAUCUUCCUCCAACCAGGCAAGGGACCAACCUGCGUCUUGCACCCACCGUAGCAUUUCCCCGUUGACAUACACUCCACCAGAUUUUAAGGACCACAAUCAUGACGGACUCCAAAUAUUUCACAACAAACAAAAAAGGGGAGAUCUUUGAACUGAAGGCGGAGCUGAACAAUGAGAAGAAGGAGAAGAGAAAAGAGGCGGUAAAGAAGGUCAUCGCUGCCAUGACUGUUGGCAAGGACGUCAGUUCUUUGUUCCCAGAUGUGGUGAACUGCAUGCAGACCGACAACCUUGAGCUGAAGAAGUUGGUCUACCUCUACCUGAUGAACUACGCCAAGAGCCAGCCGGACAUGGCCAUCAUGGCCGUCAACAGCUUCGUCAAGGACUGUGAGGACCCCAACCCUCUGAUCAGGGCUCUGGCCGUCCGCACCAUGGGCUGCAUCCGGGUGGACAAAAUCACUGAGUACCUGUGUGAGCCGCUGAGGAAGUGCCUGAAGGAUGAGGACCCAUACGUGAGGAAGACGGCGGCCGUCUGCGUGGCUAAACUUCAUGACAUCAAUGCCCAGAUGGUGGAGGACCAGGGCUUCCUGGACUCCCUGAGAGAUCUCAUCGCUGACUCAAAUCCCAUGGUUGUUGCCAAUGCAGUGGCUGCUCUGUCUGAGAUCAGCGAGUCUCACCCCAACAGCAACCUGCUGGACCUUAAUCCCCAGAACAUCAACAAGCUGCUGACGGCCCUCAACGAGUGCACAGAGUGGGGACAGAUCUUCAUCCUGGACUGCUUGUCCAACUACAACCCCAAGGAUGAGCGCGAGGCCCAGAGCAUCUGUGAGCGUGUCACUCCCCGGCUGUCUCACGCCAACUCAGCGGUGGUGCUGUCAGCGGUGAAGGUCCUGAUGAAGUUCCUGGAGCUGCUGCCCAAGGACUCGGACUACUACAACACCUUGCUGAAGAAGUUGUCUCCUCCGCUGGUCACCUUGCUCUCUGGAGAGCCGGAGGUCCAGUAUGUGGCUCUGAGGAACAUCAACCUCAUUGUCCAGAAAAGGCCUGAGAUCCUGAAGCAGGAGAUCAAAGUGUUCUUCGUCAAGUACAACGACCCGAUCUAUGUGAAACUGGAGAAGCUGGACAUCAUGAUCCGCUUGGCCUCCCAGGCCAACAUUGCCCAGGUGCUGGCUGAACUGAAGGAAUACGCCACAGAGGUGGAUGUUGACUUUGUGCGCAAGGCUGUGCGAGCCAUCGGGCGCUGUGCCAUCAAAGUGGAGCAAUCAGCUGAGCGCUGUGUCAGCACCCUGCUGGACCUGAUCCAGACCAAGGUCAACUACGUGGUUCAGGAGGCCAUUGUGGUCAUCAGGGACAUCUUCCGCAAGUACCCCAACAAGUAUGAAAGCAUCAUUGCCACUCUGUGUGAGAAUCUGGACUCUCUGGAUGAGCCUGAUGCUCGUGCCGCCAUGAUCUGGAUUGUCGGCGAGUAUGCCGAGAGGAUCGACAACGCUGACGAGUUGCUGGAGAGCUUCCUCGAGGGCUUCCAUGACGAGAGCACCCAGGUCCAGCUCACUCUGCUGACUGCCAUCGUCAAGCUGUUCCUGAAGAAGCCGUCAGAGACUCAGGAGUUGGUGCAGCAGGUCCUCAGCUUGGCCACUCAGGACUCUGACAACCCUGACCUGCGUGACAGGGGCUACAUUUAUUGGCGCCUGUUAUCCACCGACCCCGUGACUGCCAAGGAGGUGGUGUUGUCAGAGAAGCCCCUGAUCUCAGAGGAGACGGACCUGAUCGAGCCGACCCUACUGGACGAGCUCAUCUGCCACAUUGGCUCCCUGGCCUCUGUCUAUCACAAACCGCCCAGCGCCUUCGUCGAGGGCAGCCACGGAGUCCACAGGAAACACCUUCCUGUGCAGCACAGCAGCAUUGAUACAGGUGAGAGCCCAGUGAGCAGUGGACCCGUUCCUACCAUGGACCAGCCACAUGUGAUCCCCAGUCAGGGUGACCUGCUGGGUGACCUGCUGAACCUGGACCUGGGCCCUCCAGUCAAUGUGCCCCAGGUCUCCUCCAUGCAGAUGGGAGCGGUGGAUCUUCUGGGAGGAGGCCUGGACAGUUUGCUCGGGGGUGACCUGGGCGGAGGUGUUGGGGGAAGUCCAGCAGUUGGACAGAAUUUCAUCCCCUCAUCUGUUCCCAGUACUUUUGCUCCGUCACCCACACCGGCUCCUCAAGCUGUCAGCAGCGGCCUGAACGACUUGUUUGAGCUUUCCACAGGCAUGGCCAACACCACCGGAGGCCACACGGCCGCCAAAACAGUGUGGCUUCCUGCAGUGAAAGCCAAGGGACUGGAGAUCUCUGGAACCUUCUCUCGCCGCCAGGGUCACAUGUACAUGGACAUGACCUUCACCAACAAGGCCCUGCAACACAUGACCGACUUCGCUGUCCAGUUCAACAAGAACAGUUUUGGGAUGAUCCCCACCAGUCCGCUGCCCGUUCACACUCCACUGAUGCCCAGCCAGACUAUUGAGGUGUCUUUGCCUAUCAACACCAUUGGGCCAGUCAUGAAGAUGGACCCGCUCAACAAUCUGCAGGUGGCUGUGAAGAACAGCAUCGACGUCUUCUACUUCAGCGUGCUCAUCCCUCUCAACAUAUUCUUUGUUGAAGAUGGAAAAAUGGAGCGACAGGUGUUCCUGGCUACCUGGAAAGACAUCCCCAAUGAGAACGAGCUGCAGUACCAGAUAAAGGAGUGCCACCUAAACGCAGACACAGUAUCAGGGAAGCUGCAGGGUAACAACAUCUUCACUAUAGCCAAGAGAAACGUAGAAGGCCAGGAUAUGCUCUACCAGUCCCUCAAGCUGACCAACGGCAUCUGGAUCCUGGCUGAGCUCCGCAUUCAGCCGGGCAACCCCAACUACACGCUGUCUCUCAAGUGUCGGGCCCCGGAGGUUUCUCAGUACGUGUACCAGACGUACGACUCUGUGCUGAAGACCUAAUUCUCUCUGCUUCAUCUUGACUACAAACUGCAGUGUUUUUAUCAUUUUCUGCCAUCUGCAGCUAACUGCCAAAACAAGGGAGUCUGAGCAGUAAAUCAUGCUGCGUAAAUUGGAAUAUUUGGUGUAUUUUUCCUCCUGCGGGAUCAACAAGGCAAAUGUCAACACAAAAGUAUUGUGGUAUGUGUUGUGCUGGAGUUAAACGGCACACUGUCGAUGUUCCUUUAUUUUGGCAGUUGAAAGCGUUAUUGAUUCAUCUUAUUCUCCACUUCUAUUGUUACCUCCCAGUGAAAACGUGUCGACCAUUCCAUCCUUAAUUUAGUGUCUUAAUGUUGUGAAGAUGUGUCUGAUGGUGAGUGGAAACAUCAUCUCCCCAGAUUCCUUGAAGCCAUUGUUUUUUAUUUUGCACGGUGUACGGCUCGCACUCCUUUUUGCUUUCGAUUCAUUUUUUUAUAUCGACUUUGCUUCAGUUGCACCGACAGAAUAAUACCAGUGUUGAUUUGUUCCUGUUGCCAUUAAUGUGUGUGAAGAGUGGAAACCAACAAUGUGAUUGUCAGAAGCUACUAACGUCUGUCCUUAUACAUAUACGUUAUACAUCGCAUCACACGUGUUCUGCUGUCAUGGCUUUAACACAGCUCCUUGUAUUUAAUGGGAUUACUUAUAUUCGUGCAGCGUUUAGAUGGAAACCACUUUUUCCUCCCCGAGUAUGAAACAUUGUGCAGUCGUUUUAAAAACUUCAAAAGGCAUUCCAAAAAGCUAGAGAAAGAAAGAGCAGCCGAGAGAUGAGUGAGAGCCGCGUCUACAAUGUUCCAGGCAUUUCUUUACUGCUUCCCAUUUGUGAAUCAUGCUACUCAAAGUCUGUUGGAGGUCGUUCUAACAAACGUCUUCCCGUCAGGAUGAUAGUAACACUCCACCUUUCUCAUCUCGGCCGCACGUUAACGUCUUCGCCAUAUUUAGUUUAGCUUUUAUUUUUAACAUUUUUAGGUAUUUUAAUGGUCAAGUCAUAACAACGGGUGACUCGGACGCAGCAGAUCGUUCUAAAUGUGAAGCAACAUAAUACAGAUGUGUUUUAUAAAGUCAUUACUACAUCCAGUGUAGUGAGGAGGAACACAGUCCAGAAGCUUCUGACUGAAAGCAACUCUCUUUGUUUAAAUGACCACGUUGCAGUUAUUUCCAACAGUCUUCACUCAUUAACUCGGAACCACAGCAGCUUAUUGAUUAUGUGUUAACACACCAGUGCCACUCCAUUUUAAGAAUAUGUUCUAGUUCAUUUCACACGUAAUUCUUCUUGCAAUCGCCCCGUUUACUGCAACCACAUAGUUGCACGCGGCUUAAUGCACCUAUAUUGUCAUUCCUAUUUAUUGUGCAUCUACCUCUGCGUGUUUCCUUUUUAACUGGCUUCAUUGUUGCCGUAGCUUCAACUCUGUCAUGUGCUUUAAAUGUUUUCAUCUUCUCUUUUGAUGCCAGUGUUUUUUUGUAAUCUUCAUGCCAUUGUCGUCGAGCCAGUUGAAACCGUGUGGCAGGUCGGCCCAACCAAUCGAACAGGACCAAGCAUUCACGCAAAUGAAAUGCCAAUUGUAUGUUUUCAUACCCGAGUGUCAAUAUAAUCUGAUGUUGGCUUUGUGUGUGCUAUAGAACAUAGGGUGCCCAGAGUCGCGCUAGUGAAGUGUAGUUCAGUGAUGGUGUAGUUUAUGUAAUAAAUUCUAAUGUUUUGGUAUUACCCUGAAACGGAAAUGAAGCCUUCUCUAUCUACUCAACAGAAAAUACUGUGUUCAGUGUGAUUGUCCUGGUGACACUAUUUUCGCGUUUAUGUGCCUGCAUGAGCCCACUGUCCAUUUUAUCCUUUUUCAUUUAGGCUGUGGCUUUGCUCCAUAUAAAAACUAAUCUCCCAACUUCAUGUCUGUUGUAGAUCUCAUGUGUUUUCUUUAAGCAGCAUCGUCUCCAGCACAUAGAAGUAUAUCCAAAACUUUUGCCAGUAAUACAGAAUGUAUGGUGAGAGCUAUCAUAGCAUCAUUGCUGUAACCCUGUUGUAAAUGGUGUUAUUGUCACACUACCACAUCUUAUUUCAUUAAAAUGUCAAAACACA